AUGUUUCUCUGUUACUUUUUAUUUCUUUCUUUCUUUCUUUCUUUCUUUCUUUCUUUCUUUUCGCUUUUCCUUAUGUCUAUGUUCUUUCUUUUUUCUUUCUUUCUUUCGUUAUUUCUUUCUUUCUCUUUUUUUGGUUUUUGUUUCUUUCGCUUUCCUCUUUCCUUCUUUCCUUAUGUGUCUUUUUCUUCUUUCUUUCUUUCUUUCUUUCUUUCUUUCUUUCUUUCUUUCUUUCCGCUUUUCCUUAUGUCUAUGUUUUUUCUUUCAUUCUUUCUUUCUUUUUUUUCUUUCUUUCUUUCUUUCUUUCUUUCUUUCUUUCUUUCUAUCUAUCACUUUUUUGGUUUUUGUUUCUUUCGCUUUCCUCUUUUCUUCUUUCCUUAUGUCUCUUUUUUUCUUCUUUCUUUCUUUCUUUCUUUCUUUCUUUCUUUCUUUCUUUCUUUCUCCUUGUGUAUAUCUUCCUUUCUUUCGAUUUUCUCUUUCCUUGUCUUUUUCUCUUUCUUUCUUUCUUUUUAG